AUGCCGAAACGUGUAUCAACAGGAUCAACAGCGUCAGGUGGCGGGCGUGCAGCCAAAAGAGUUGCCAAAAGCAAUUCCAAGGAGAGUCUUGAUGACCCGAAGGUGGCCCACGUUCGGCGCAUUUGCGAGUGGCUGUUCGGAGGGGCCGAUCAAUAUUUGAUGAAGAAGUACAGAACCAAGGAUUGCGACCUGAUCGAAUACAGUCCUGACAUGAGCGUCGGGCCGAAAUACUUGCGACCCUGGCAGUUGUCCUUUCGGUCAGAUUUUGGAUUGGCAUCAAUGGCAGAUCCCUUCGACUUGUGUACUUUGAUGGAGCUAAUCUUGACUCAAGGGUUCAGGACAGAUGCCAAUGAAGGAGGAGUGGAAAAGCUGAGUGUGACCGUCCCCAACAAGGCUUGGCUGGAGACUCCUUACAAAGAGCUUGCCCCGCUUGUGGAAGGCAUCUUGCCGCCCUGGUCCGUUGGCUUCGUCAAAGGCUGGAGACGAAGCCUUGCCAUGUUGAUUUGCUGCGAGGGGGUGAGAAGCUUGGGGGUCGAGCUUGCGGAGUUGACCGACAACUUCAAGGCGUCGCUUCGUGUUGUUCAUGGAGCUGUGGGGAGAUAUUCCACAUCCAAAGAGGCUAUUUGGGCAAGCCGUGGAAUCACCCUGAGUUCUACAGCAACACGUCGUCCACCAAACGCCAUGAAUUUUAUUCGGCAACUGGAGAUAUUGAAGAAGAGCGGCGAGGAGUCAGAGUGGCACAACGCCACAGCAGUCGCACGAGCUUUUCAAAUUGGAGAGAAGGAAUCCAAGUCGGUGUGUCACCUUCAGACUUGCAUUCAGAAGGACAUGGUGGCAAAGCUUCGUGAGAGUGUGCGCACCCGUGGGAUGCGACAGUGGCUGACGCAUGCCUUGUUGGCGGCUGAAAUGUUCAAUGUUGGGUGGAGUUCAGGAAAGUCGGGCGCUUUGAUUCCAUGGCAAGGGGAGCUCACGAACCUUGAGGACAACCAGCUUGCCGAGCUCUUUCUGGAGCGUUUGGAAGGGGAUUGGGAUCGUGCAAGCUCGAAAAAACCGUGGCUGUACCGUGAUGCUUGGAGUGUGCACGCAGCAUGUGGUGGCUUCAACGCCAUCAUCGAGCAGCUCAAACAGUCAGUGCCGCAGAAGGACUUCCGGGAGGCUUUGCCAGGACUCGUGGAGCAGUUCAGACUUGGCAUCCUGGAUGGGGACAUCGUCACCUUCUUGGAGACGACUGUCCCUCCAAUUUCCUUGGAGCAGGUGCCUUUCAUCAGGAGUAUGAUCACAACUGUUGAGCAGCGAAAGCUGCGUGAGGCCCAGCAGACUGAGCGAGAACUCGCAGAGAAAGUGAGCCAAGCUACUGUCGAACAUUUGAGGAAGGGACAGGACUACACAAAGGACUUCAUGGACUGGAAGUGCAAGCUGAUCUUCCCCAAGACGCAGGAUCCCAAUGCAGCUGGCAACCACUUUGCGGAGAUCGCUAGCUUCAUUUCAAAGUUUGUGCUGUGCAGUUUGGAUACCUGCGUUUGGCCUCCCAAUUCUGCUUAUGUGAACAACUGCCUGGCAACCCUGGUCAAUGUCCUUCAAAUGUCUCCGAACAAUGCCGGCCAUUGUCAGCUUCCGGUGAUGCAGUCACAGACAACCACUGAUGCAUGGAUCAAACACAGGCGUACAUUGGAGGACGCACUGAAGAAGGGGAGGAUGGACAUCACCACAGGAGUGGCCUUGACCUUUGACAAGACAUCGAGCCAUGCGAAUGACAAGAGGUGUGUGAAUCACCCAUGCCUGUUCGUUACAGCCCUUGACCACCAGCAGGCCAACGCUUGGUUGGGCGCCGCUGCGGUUUCGAAAUGUGUGAUUGGGCCUUGUCAGCUCAUUCGUGUCUCUGACAUGCAAGGCUUUGACCCAGACAACAGAUUUGGUGCUGCAGCACGAACUGAACAGUGGAAGGGCGUGCCAGCUCAUUCGGAGAUCAUUGCCUCCUACCUGCGUGGAAUUGACUGGCAAGAUGGUGACGUGGCAAUCUUUGCUGAUUGUUUGGCGAACAGGUAUGGUGAGUUUGGACAUGCAGUGCUGGACCGCCUCCUGGACAAUACAAUUCGGCGCCCACCGCUUUACUACAUUGGCUGCCUUCGGGAGGACCAGCGAGAUGUUGCUGUGGCCUUGGAGGAGAAGGUGUACAAGCAUUGGGAUUCUUCAGAAUCUGCGCCUCCAGCCCGGCGGCCAACUGAGCCAAUUUCGGAGCCCUCCCUGGAGCUGUUGGGUUGGAGCAGUGGUGCCCCUGUGUUCCCUGAGAACCUGCUGCAGAAGUUUUCUGAAGGGUCAAAUGCUCAUGCAGAUGUCCUUGCCAUGAAGAAAGAACUUGUCCAAGCGUUUCCGGAUGCAGGACGGCGUUCAAGUCAGCGAUCUGAGACAAGCACUUCAAGAGCCGCACCAGCAAGGGCAGCUGGCCGUCCAGACUUUGGGAUCGAUGGCGGUGUUCUGCCACUUGACACCGCGAGGAUCAUUGAGAAAGAGCACAUUGCGCAAAGCGCCUUCGAUGUGGCAAGGAAAGCGUACUGUCCUGCUUCCCGCGGCAAGCCAGCUUUGGUCAUCAGCACCGACUUUGGCUUGUAUGUGGGGAAUGAAAGCGACCAAGAGAUGCAGCUCGUUGCUUCGGAGCUUUGUGGCUUCAACACUGGCUCGUUUCAGCAGAAGGCCAUUGCAGGAUUGGGCGAAUCCGAGCUGGAUGGGCUCUGCUUCCGUUUUAAUUCGGACCUUUCUUUGAUUUCGCACGAGAGGAAGAUUUACUGCAUCGCAGAUUUCCUUCACCAUUGCUGCACAGUACAUGGAGUGGCAGAAUUUGAGUUUGCCAACCACCAGCUCAUUCCCAAGAUGUACUCGACGGACCGGGCUUUUUUUGGGGUGAUGCGGGACCAGACUGAGAAUGCCGAUGCAGAGCAAGUUCCUGUGCCAUAUCGGUACACGUUGACAGCUGCCAGGAACGGUCUCUGCAAUGUUUUCAUGCCAAACUUGCUUGGCCCGGGCGAUGCGAACUUGAGGCAUGCUACGAUCGGGGCUGCAUUUUGUGGCCAUAUGGACAAGUUGCCGCGUGGGCCUGAUGCACAGGUCCUUUGGGAAGUAGAUGUGCAAACCGGAGCUGCCAACCCAAAGAUCGUUGGGAUCAAACCGAAGCUCUACCUCACAGCUGGGAUGGUCCUCCCGCCGAACACAUGGACCAAGCUGUGA